AUGGGCAGCGAGAGGUCCGGCAGCGCGAUGUUCCGGACGGGGAUCGAGCGCCCGGACCCCGCGCCGAACUUGCUCUCUAGUUCCGUUGAUGCGCUCUUAAGGCGGACAGCCUGCUUCCUCACGCUGGCCACGGCGGCCGAGCUGUCCGCGCACGUGCUCCGCCACCGGCAGGCCCGGCAGUUUGUGUGCGGACACGACGGCUGCAUACUGCGCUUCGGCACUAGGAGCAACCUGAUGUCGCACAUCCGCAAGUGCCACGGCGGCGCCGAAGAGCCUCGCGAGCCCGACUCCACCGAGUGCGAGGAGUGCGGACGCACGUUCGCGAGCGUGGCGGCCAUGAAGCGGCACGCGCGCGUGCACCGCAACGCGCAGCCCGACCAGCCGCACGCGCAGGCGCAGGAGGCGGACGACGGCGCCUCGAUGCUGAUGAUGGAAACAGAAGAGCUGGAGGGAGAAGUGGAGUACCUGGAGGUGGAGACCCUGGAGGACGCUGAGCUCUACUCGGAGCGCAAGCCGCAGCUCUCCGACCUACACUAGCCUCCCCUCACCUCACCCUUUCAUCCACCACGCACGUGCCAACAUGUAUCAAGCAAAUUAAGUGGGUUACGGCUAAAAGUUAAUAUACAUACUAUAUAGAUAAAGAUAAAUUAAGACAUGAAAAUAAUAGUGUGUAUGUGGAUUGAG